AUGAAAAAAUUAGUGAGUGAGAAUUUUAAGGAUUUGCAUAAGAAACUGUAUGAAGCCCUUUGGGCCGACCGUACAUCACCAAAGAGGGCAAUUGGGAUGUCUCUGUUUGAACUGGUCUAUGGUGUUGGCGCUCAAGUAGCACUUCCUUUGGAGUUGGCAGCUACCAAACUACAAACGGUUAUUGAAGAUGUUUAUUUCCAGAGUUCUCUAGAAAAGCGGAUCAUGCACCUGACAAAGAUUGAUGAAGAAAGAGAUAAACUAGUGGACCGGAUAACAGAACACCAGAUGAGGGUGAAAAGGAUAUUUGACAAGUGA